AAUACGUGUCAAAAUAAAACAAAAGGUAAAUAAACUUUCAAGUUGCAAAAUUAAAGCUAAAUGGAGACACCGUGGUCAGGUUUUUCGCCCGCAGAUCAAGCAAAGAUCAAAUCCGAAUUGGAUAAUUUCGACGUGCUAAAGAAUGGCCUGCAAGAUGCCAAUAUCACUGACAACAAGGAAGUAAAAUCAUUAGCUUUUUCAAAGAAACCUAAAGUAACUUCAAAGAAAACACUACAUAGUUUUUACAUGAAUGCCCACCAUACAGAUGGCCUACCGGCUGAGGCAUUACUCUCAACCAUAACCAAACAGGAAAAGGGAUCUGAAUCUCCAGUUCAUGUAAAGCUAAGAAUCUUAGAAGAUAGGCCUACAUCAUUUGAGAUAAUGGAAGCAAUACCACAAGAAAAUGAUACUUUGUUUACACAAGAACAAGCUAACCUUAAGACACAGGAUGUCAACCAUCAAAUUGAUGAGUCACCUUGCUCACAGUCACCUAAUGCUGUGAUACCAGUUGAUUUGCUACAGAAUGGGGGAAAAAAGGAUCUGGUUAACCUAGAUGAAUUUGAAAAGAAGCAAAAACUUAUUGAGGAACAAAAUCGACUGAAAAAACAAAUGUUGGCAAAAGCUUUGGCACUAAGGAAAAUGAAGACUCAAACUGAAGCGCUGAAGUUACAAAAAAUUCAAGAAGAGCUUUCUAAACUUGAUGCAAAUCUGAGCAAUGAUGUUUGCAUCCUGAGAAGCCAUAUUGAAAUGGCAAGUGCGGAGCUUGCAGAAGCUGAGAAGCGCUACACAAAAGCGGAGCACGAGUUCGUGGAAGCUAAGCAACUACUUUUUAGCAAAAGAGAGCGCAAAGAUCUGUUGACUGAGCAUCUUUGCACUAUUAUCGAGCAAAAUGAGAUGAGAAAAGCACGUCGCCUGACAGAUUUAAUGAUUCAGCUAGACGAUGAAGAAUAUCGAGUAGAACCAUCUGUGCAACAGCCUAUAGAUCCAAUAAAACCAAGCGAGAAUGUUUGAAAUUAUGUAUGCAGCUUUAAGAAUCUCUUCUCUACCUGUGCCUUACUUAAAUUGCCUUUUUAACGAAUCUUUGUCUUGCAUUGCAACGACCAGAGGAAUCAUUGUUACCUAAUAACUUUUGAUUAUAUUUACAUUUUUAUUGCACAUCUCGUUUAAUAAGAUACAGAAUAAACCACCAAAGAA